CACUUGUGCAUGCCGCCAUUUUUGGGUUCAAGGUUAUGUGAGUAAGUACCACAGAUGACGGAUAAAACUUCAGACACGAUGAAUGUUUCACACCUUCCAGCAGUCAAAGCUGGGAAAAUGAGAAUUGUAAAACAUGUUAAAACACAUGAUGCCCCAGCUGAUGUCAGGUGUGAAGAGGAAUCUCCACACGAGCUUCUUACUAAGGAGGAAAUUGAAUGUCACGACAGGUGUAUCAAAGCUUAUCAUGAUAAGCCAAUGCCAACAGUUACUAAACCCCACAACGAUAAUACUAAACGUAUUAUUCAACAACCUUUGAAGUGAAGAAUUCUAUUUUCUUAAUGAAUUAAAUUUCUUUUUUUGUAACCCUUAUUUCUUUAAUAUAAUCAUUUACCAAUUGUUUCA